AAUCAAACACGUUCGAGCGGCUUUGAAUCCGGCCAUUCCUGAAGUCGCUGAGAAGUUUAACACGAUCAUAGCGAGUGAAGUCGCGUUGCUAAUGCAGGACGUCGCCAGUAACCAUGGUAACCCGUUCGACCCACAUCACGUGAUCGAGUUCUGUUACAUCAACAUCAUCGGAAUAUGGCUCUAUGGGAAAAUGUUCCAACAGCGAGACGAGCAGUACUUCAAGUGGGCAGGCACAUUCGUUCGCAGGUUGGAACUAGGAUCAUGUCUGCUUGUGGACUGGUUCCCAUCGCUCGCCUACAUUACCAGUGCUGAGGUCAAAGAAUUAAAAGGACUCGUACAGACGAUGAUGGACUGGCACAUGAAAUUACUCGAGGAACACCGGCAGACGUUGAACGAGUCCAGUCCGCGCGAUUUUCUCGACCACCUGCUAAUCCAGCAGCAGAAGGGCAAGCUGAUGGUGUCCAACACCGACAUCUGUUCAGUUUUAGACGACUUACAGAGUGCCGGAUUUGAUACUGUCACUGCUAACACUAUCUGGGGCAUUCAGCUACUCGUGCAGAAUCCAGACGUGCAGAAGAAGCUGCAGGCUGAGAUUGACGAGGUCGUCGGCAGCGGCAGGGCGCCGACCACGAAGGAUCGCCGCAACAUGCCCUACUUGGAGGCUACGCUUUGGGAGAUUCAGCGUGUAGGAAUAAUUGCUCCCGUACCUUGCAUACGCGCAGCAAUGAAUGAUACCACCAUAGGAGGCUUUGACGUGCCUAAGGAUACGGUUCUACUGGUUAACCACACCAAGAUGGCAAUGAAUCCCAUCAAUUUCCCACAGCCGCAGAAGUUUGACCCGUCUAGGUAUCUAGAUGAGAACGGAGUCGUCGUGGCACCGGAUAAAAAGAUGAUGCUGUUUGGCAACGGCUUCCGAAUAUGUCCCGGCAUGCAAAUCGCUCGAGACAUGAUGUUUACUGUCAUGGCGAACCUGUUGCAGCGUUUUACCUUCCAGCUACCAGAGGGCGUCACAGCUCUCCCUGUCGGAAGAAAUGAUGGCCUGAUACAGUAUCCACGUUCGUAUAAAAUUACAGCCAUUCCGCGAUAAACGCAACCGCAAUAAAAGAAGAAAAAGUACAAGAUAUUUUGGUACAAGCUUAACGUAGUCAAGUAGCUCGGCUAACCAGCCAUAAAAUUAUUAACCUUCUCUUUUUUAAUCAUUAAUGUAGGUAAUGGGGUUUUAACUGUAGAAUAUAUAUUAUAUAAACUUUCAUCGAUUAUCCAAAGAUCUGUUCAUCAAAUUUUGUUGACGCUGUGUAACAAUGGAAAGUUGAUAUUCAAAUUGAUAAGUUGAAGUUAUAUUUAAUAAACACUUUGAUUAUAGAA